UCAUAAUAGCAGCUUUGUGAUCUGUCAACUUUAUAGGUUAUGAUAAGUUGAAUUGUACUAAAUCUUAUCGUAGUCCUAAAUUAAUAAUAAAUAAUUGUUGUAAAAUCAUGAGCUUAACAGGCUUACUACGAAAACGAUGUUUUCUGCAAAAACUACUUCCGCUGAAUAGUUCCAUUUCAAGAACCAAAGUGACUACACGUUCUGGAGGAAUUUUACCAGAGCCCCAUAGGACUUCCUUUGGGAUUAUAGGUAUUAUAUUGACUGUUAUUCCCGGAUUAUUAAUAGGAGCUCAAAUUAGUAAAACUAUAGCAAAUUUCCUUGAAGAGAAUGAUUUAUUUGUGCCAUCUGAUGAUGACGACGAUGAUGAUUAAAAUGGGUUAUUAAAAUGUAUUCCAUGCUUAUUUAUUAAAGGUAGAGUAGUUAAGAUGUUGAUAUGUGCGUAGAGAAUAUAUUAUAACAAUUGUGUCUAUAGCUGAUUGCUAGAUUUGCCUUUGUAGUACUCGCUCUAUGGCUCUGAUUAUGUACAUUUUCUUUCAAAUCUGCCAUUUGUGUAUCGAAAUAUAGAUAUAUAUUAUAGAUAUUGUGAUCUUUGAUUAUUAUAAGUGUUGGUCCUAAUAAAAUAGUAAUAGCAUA